AUGACGGACGUCCUCUACAGGGCUACCAAGUACAUGAAUGCAGAAGAUGCGUUGCUGGCCCGCGAGGAAAGGCCUAAGAAGAGGGAAAGACAGGAAGACACGAGACAAGACAGGGGGCGAAAGGCUGCUAAAACCGGGGACCAACGUGAUGAAAAGCGCUCCAGACCACCCACUGGAAGGUUCACCAAUUUCACCCCGUUAACUGCCCCAAUCGACCAAGUAUUGUUGCAAAUCAAAGAUGAAGGAGCAUUGACUUUCCCUGGAAAGUUGAAGGGAGACCCUAACAAAAGACCAAGAGACAAGUAUUGCCGCUUUCACCGGGACCACGGUCACGACACAGCUAACUGCUACGACUUGAAGCAGCAGAUUGAGUCCCUAAUCAGGCAGGGGAAACUACAGAGGUUCGUCAGCAGGGAAAGAACUGAUACGCAGGAAGAACAGGCUCCACGAAGGGAGAACGACCGCCCUAGACCACCCGUAAAAGACAUACGAAUGAUCGUAGGGGGCACAACUGCAGCCGGAUCUUCUAAGAAAGCCCGCAAGACCUACCUCAGGAUGGUCCAUAGCGUCCAACUCACAGGAUCAGUACCAAAGAUGUCGCGGCUAGAUAACCCCGUCAUAAACAUUUCGGAGGAUGACGCUCGGAGACUUCACCAUCCUUAUGACGACGCGCUAGUAGUUAGCCUGCAGAUUGGGAAUUAUAAUAUGCACCGGGUCCUCGUCGACAACGGCAGCUCAGUAGACAUCCUGUACUAUCCAGCAUUCCAGCAGAUGAGGAUCGACAAGGAAUGGUUGUCCCCAACAAACGCCCCACUCGUAGGAUUUGGGGGUACGAAGGUCUUCCCAUUGGGCGCGAUAACGCUAGCUGUGACAGCAGGUGACUAUCCUCAGCAGAUCACUAAGGAGAUAACGUUCCUCGUAGUCGACUGCUCAUCUGCUUACAACGCCAUCCUCGGGUGA